AUUCUUUAGUGAAACGCUUCUCGUGCAUCUGCUCGCGCACAGUUGGCGCAGCUGUGGACGGAGAGUCUGCUCGAGACGACGUAAAAGAAGAAUACAGGAUGAAGAAGACAGCCCUUCUGCUUGUUUUAUGGAGUCUUCUCUGCCUCUCACAUGCUCAGAUGACAGAUACAGAGGCUGACGGUGAUGAGGAGGUGGUUGAUCUUUUCACCACACCACACACCAAGCUGGCUGCUGCGACCUCUGAUUUUGGCUACAACCUGUUCCGUCAGCUGGCAGCACGUGACCCCAAGGUCAGCGUCUUCCUGUCCCCCAUGAGUAUCUCAGCAGCCUUCACACAGCUCUCAAUGGGGGUGUCUGAGCGAGCUGAGAAGCAGAUUUACAGGGCUCUCCGUUACCACACCUUGCAAGACAGUCAACUCCAUAACACACUGAAAGAGCUUCUCUCUUCUCUAAGGGCACCGGCCAAGGGCUUUAACUCCGCAGAACGCAUCCUGCUGGCCAGGAAGCUUCGACUUAAGCUGGAAUACCUCAACAAUGUAGAGACUCAAUACGGGGUACGCCCUCAAACUCUUAUGGGUGGAGCUCGGGACCUCAAGGCUGUUAAUGAUUGGUUUAAACAGAAGACCGGCGGAAAAGUGGGCCAAAUUCUUCCUUCAGCUCUCCCGCGCAACACCGCUGUUCUGCCUGUGGGGGCAGCGUACUUCAAGGGUAAAUGGGUAACUAGGUUCAGCAAGGCUAACAAGAUGGACAACUUCCAGGUGGAUGGACAAGCGCCAGUUCUCAUUCCCAUGAUGGAGCAGGAAAAUUACCCGGUGAAGAUGGGCAAUGACCCUGACAUUGGCUGCACGAUUGCCCAGGUUCCUAUGCAGGAUGGAGUAAGCAUGUAUUUUUUCUUGCCCGAUGAGGUGACUCAGAACCUGACGAUGAUAGAGGAAGCACUUACUGCUGAAUUUGUCCAGGACCUCUCUAACACCCUCCACGCGGUACAGGUCCACCUCACUCUGCCCGUUAUAAAAGUCAGCUACAGCACAGACCUGCUGCCCUCCCUCUCUGACCUGGGUCUAUCUGAAUGGUUGGCAGAGACAGAUCUUAUUAAAAUAACCAGUCAGCCAGUGAAGUUAAAUGCUGUCCGUCAUAAGGUUGUCAUGGAGACAGCUCCAGAAGGCACAGAGUAUGCCAGCACCACCACUACUGCCAGAGGCCAAUCACUGACUCUGGCAUACAAUGUGGACCGCCCCUUCCUCUUUCUAGUCAGAGAUGAGCCAUCAGGGGCACUUCUUAUGAUCGGAAAAGUGUUGAGUCCUCGUGACCUGGAAAGGGUAUGAGACACACAUUUGCACACACACACAAAUACAAACAAAUGAGAAAACUUCAUGAGAACUUUCAACGUUAAGCCCAAGUCUUUUAUUUUUAACAAAAUUUAUUUGAAAUGACAUAUUUGUACUCACAUGGCCUUUAGAAGUAUACUUUCACCACAGCUGCACUUCCCAUUAACAUUUUUAGCAUGCUUAGGCAUUCCCUUAUAAGCAAGCAUUGCUAUAUGCGCUAACCCAAGCUUUACAUUUAUAAUAAAUAUGGACCUUUUUAUGGAUAUUGUAUGGAUACUCAAUUUCGUUCCAGCUGGAUCUUAGCCAUACAAUCUGUUUUGAGGCAUAAUAACUUUAUGACGCUCAUAAAUCUUUUUGCAUGUUAGUAAAAAUCCCUCAAGUAUAAGCAGCUGCUAUAAAGACUAUGGUCUCAAAAUGUCGCAAUAGCCAUUUCUAUUUCUAAGUGCUCAGUACUUUCAUAUGUUUCACACUUUUGAAUACUGAUCAUAUGACUUUACAGUCCAUCAGCAAUGGUCGAAUUAAACUUUGCCAAAAUUUAUUUCAUUUGACUUCAUUCAUUAUGUACAUUUACUACUCGCAAGAAAAUUCAGAAUGUAUAUAUUAUGUAUGUAAAAUUGAAUAAAAAAAGAAUAAAAAAAACGUAUUUCAAACAUAAUGUUUCUGACC